AUGGAAAGCAGGAAUAAUGUCACUGAAUUUAUUCUGUUGGGACUUUCCCAGAAUAAGAAAAUUAAAAGUCUGUGCUUUCUUCUGUUUUUAUUUUGCUACAUAGCUAUUUGGCUGGGAAACUUGCUCAUUGUGAUUUCGAUCACCUGCAGUCAGCUAAUCGACCAACCUAUGUAUUUCUUCUUGAAUUAUCUUGCUCUGUCAGAUCUGUGCUACACCUCAACUGUGACGCCCAAGCUAAUCACUGAUUUGCUGGCAGAAAGUAACCUGGUUUCUUAUACUGGCUGCAUGGCACAACUUUUUACCAUGCACUUCUUUGGAGGUAUUGAGAUUCUUAUUCUCACAGUGAUGGCCUAUGAUCGCUAUGUGGCCAUCUGCAGGCCUCUGCACUACGCCAUCAUCAUGAACAGACAGAAAUGUUACAUCAUGUUCACUGCUUGCUGUUCAGGGGCAUUUUUGCAUUCCUUUGUCCAAUGUCUUCUCACCAUAAAUCUACCUUUCUGUGGCCCCAAUGAAAUAGAUCACUAUUUCUGUGAUGUGUAUCCUUUGCUGAAACUGGCCUGCACUGACACCUAUGUAGUUGGGAUCUUAGUGGUUGCCAACUCGGGCAUGAUGGGUUUGGUGACUUUUGUGGUCUUGAUGCUGUCUUACUUUCUUAUAUUGUACACCAUCAGGGCUUACCCUGUGGAGAGCCAGAGCAAAGCUCUUUCCACUUGUAGUUCUCACGUCACAGUGGUAAUUCUGUUCUUUGUACCUGUACUCUUCAUUUACAUUAGGCCAGCUGUAACCUUUCCAGAAGACAAAGUGUUUGCUCUUUUCUACACCAUCAUUGCUCCCAUGUUCAACCCCCUGAUUUACACUCUCAGAAACACGGAGAUGAAGAAUGCUAUACGCAAAGUGUGGCUCGGCAAACCAUUCUGGUCUGGAAGACAAAUCAUCUAA